UAAAUAAUUAUUACCUUAUGUUUAGCUAAAUAAAAACGUUGUGUACCCAAUUCUAUUUUACUUUCGCAAAUUAUCAAUCGUCAAGGUUCAGUGAAUUGUGGACCGUGCGAUAAUUUAUAAGCAACGUGAAAGCGGCAUGAGAGGAUCAGAUACAUUGAUUCCAGCACGGUUUCUCACUCUCCUGGGACACUUGUGCGUGCUGGUGACUCUAUUAUGGGAGAGCAAACACAGCGUUCGUCAUUGUUUGCCGAGCCAAUAUCACGAGACAUUCUUGCCGAUAUAUCACAGCCGAUUGGUUGCGGGUCUCGCCGCGUCACUUGUGCUAAUUGUGAUUGAGUUUUUGACAUUUCUCUUUGGAUUAACAAUGUUCUCUCCGUCUGUAGCAUUGACUUCUAUCGCCGGACAUGGGUUCGCUUCAAUCACCCUAACCUACUUUGUGCUAGAUGGUUGGAUCUGCGACUGGUUCUGGCCAAUUUUCUUCUUCUGUUCUGUUAUUCCAUCUUGUAUUGAUCUCGGUACAGCGGUGGUAGUAUUAUGCUCGUCUAAGUGGUGAUCCACAAUUCUUACUAGUAGCUCUUAGGUCACUUUUUGUUUUUAUUCCCACAUCUAUUUAAUUUAGUUUAGGUUUAGAAUAAAAGAAGAUUUUUACUAUCACGUAACCAAUGAGCACCAGCACUUGACACAAACACACGAUUAUAAAGCAGGAUGGUCGUUCUACUUGGUGUUAGCUGGAGUGGUUACAACCCUUGGUUCGUCGUUGCCGGUUGGGUUCCAUAUCGGUGUAGUUAAUACGCCGGCUGAUCUAAUACAACAGUUCUGUUAUGAAAAUCUACGUGAGAGGUUUAACAUCGACUUAAAUGAGGCAUGGAUGAACAUCGUCUGGUCUUCAAUUGUCUCCAUCUUUAUCGUAGGAGGAUGUACGGGUUCCAUUCUCGGGUCAGUGCUGGCUGAUAAACUUGGAAGGAAGAAUGCAACAAUCAUGACCAGUAUACUGUCAUUGGCAGGUGCUCUAAUGUUUGUGUUAUGUCGGACUGCGAAUUCCAUCGAAAUGCUUAUAUUAGGUAGACUGCUCGUCGGUUUAUCCGCUGGCCUUACAACUAGUAUAGUACCAAUGUACCUCACCGAGUUAGCCCCACCCAGUCUGACAGGGGCCAUGGGUGUUGUCUGUCCUAUGGGAGUAAAUGUUGGCGUUUUAGUGGGACAGGUUAUGGGACUACAAGAUUUAUUAGGCAAACCCAACGACUGGCCCUACCUCUUGUCUGUCUACGCUUUACUAGUCAUAAUAUGUUUACCAGUGUUAUUUAUAUUACCAGAGAGUCCAAAAUAUCUUUAUGUAGUUAAGAAAAACGAGACGGAGUCUUUAAGAGAACUAAGCCGCGUCCGUGGCGUAUCGCCGAGUUUAUUAACAGAGGAAUUAGAUGUAUUACGAGAGGAAGUACGUAGCAACAAUGAUACCGAUCGGUACUCAAUGUGGGCGGCAAUUAAGGAUCACAGAUUGUUACUGCCAUUGUUGUUAGUGUGUACUUCACAGGCCGGCCAACAGACUAGCGGGAUUAAUGCGGUGUUCUACUACUCACAAACGAUAUUCAAACAAGCGGGUCUGUCGCCUCAGGACGCGCAGUUCGCAACAAUCGGUUGCGGGGCUAUAAAUGUAAGCACGGCUGUGAUAAUGGUCUACCUACUACCGCGGACGGGCAGGCGGCCUUUGUUACUGGGAUCUAUGUUUGGAGCGACGAUUAUUUUGACUUUGUUAGCCGCUGCAAUGAAGUUUAUUGACGCAGUGUCAUGGAUGCCGUACGCUGCGAUGGUAGCCGUACUUUCGUACGUACUUGUGUACGGUUUUGGUCUUGGGCCCAUACCCUAUUUUAUUGCUUCAGAAAUAUUUGAAGUAGCCCCCCGCGGUGCUGGUAUGGCAUGGGGGUCGUUGGCCAAUUGGGGAGGGAAUUUCCUGGUGGCGAUGUGUUUCCCAACCAUGCGGGAUUACAUCGGUGCUUAUUCGUUCCUGGUGUUCUCAGCUGUGACGGCUGCAUUAACUGUCUUCCAUAAAUUGUACUUCCCAGAAACCCGAGGGAAAACACCGACUCAAGUGACAGAACUCUGCAGUAUCGGACUCCGCUCGCGCCCUCUAGCGGUAACCAAUCGUAACGUCUGACGUCAGGAAUGCGGAUGACGUCAUCACUUAUAAUGAAAUUUGCUUUGUUUAGUUUUAUAAGAUAGAUAAGAGAAGAAAUUUUGUAUAAUGUUAGGAUGUAACAACAAAGUUUAAAAUGUUUAUAUUAAACAUUGGAGGCAUACAUGGAUGUAGAUCAUUAAAAAAAUCUUCACUGACUUAAAAUCUCGACUAGUUUAUAUUAAUUAACUUUACUGGAUAACGCAGUUCAAUAAAUAUAAAGAAAAUCCUUAGUUGUUAUUUAAUUUAAAAUCUCAAAUAUGAAAUGUUCAAAUGAAGGUGUUAAUACAAAAGGCUGUUUCUAAUAUAUACUCGUAAUAACUGCGACUGGUAAUUGGGAUAUAGAAUAGAUAACUAUCAAACAUAGUGUUCUGUAUCUGUUUGAAUCACUAAAAUUAAUCGGAUGUGAAAAUGUACUAAAUUCUGUGGAAUGUGUUAGUAAAUUUCCUAUAUACAGAAAUCCCCCCUAUAACGGGAUAGGAAAUCCCUUUGUAGCAGUAUCCUCGUAAAUCCGUUUUGAACAAUAUAAAAACUAGGAAUACGAAUAUAAAACAGUAGUUUUAUUUAAUUAUUGAAAUGGUUGUGAAAGUUGUUACAAAUCAUGGACUUGACGAAUUAUACAUUUCAGAAAUGUAUAUUGCGUUCUGUGGCGGAGAGAAAACCCGUUAUAGAUGGGAUUACUGUAUUUGCAUCACAUUUUAAUGUAUCAUAAUAACUAACAAAUUGGGAAGACUGCCAUCUAUAAUACUAAACGUUUUAGACUUAAGUGUAUUUUAUAAGUACAUUUUAUGUUAAUGAACAUUUUUAUAAUAGAAUUCUGACUUUUCCUAUCCCUAUAAAUGUUCAUUGUUACCCAUGGAGCGGGGCCUUAUUUUUCAAUCUGUAUUUUAGUUGUAACACAGUAUUUAAAAUCUCAAUUAAAUUUCGUCCAAUUUAAAAUAAGGAUUUAUAUUAGUAAGUAUAUUCUUAAAGAGUAAUUAAAGCAAAGUUUACAAAUGAUCU